AUGUCGUUUAUAAAUAUUUGUCGUGAUAACACGGAUCCAUUUUACCGUUAUAAAAUGCCUCCCAUCCAAUCCAAGGUGGAAGGUAGAGGUAAUGGUAUUAAAACGGCCAUAGUAAAUUUAAAUGAAGUUUCUAGAGCAAUAGGAAGACCCCCAGCUUAUAUUGUUAAAUAUUUCGGGUCUGAACUUGGUGCUCAGACAAAUAUUGAUGAAAAUCAAGAUAGAUACUUAGUUAAUGGUGUUCAUGAGGCAAGUGAAUUGCAAGACUCCUUGGAUGGUUUUAUCAAUAAAUUUGUUUUGUGUGGCAACUGCAAGAAUCCGGAAACAGAAAUUCAAAUAAAAGGUAAGGAUAACUUGCAGAGAGAUUGCAAGGCUUGUGGACAUAUCUCAAUCAUUGAUCCUAGUCAGAAGUUGACUUCAUAUAUUUUGAAAAAUCCACCCGAAGGUGCAAGAGGAGGCAAGAAGGGAAAGAAGGCUGCUACGGCAUCUGCUAACGUUGUUGGUGGGGGUAAAUCGAUUUCGGACAUCGCUUCAGGGAAGCAGUCGACUCCAGAAAGCCAAACUGAUGAUGACGUGUUAACAAAGAAGAUCAAUGCAGAAGCUGCUGCCUUGAAAGCUUUAGAAGUCAAAGACGAUGAAUGGGCAGUCGAUAUGUCACAAGAAGCUAUAGAUGCCAGAGCUAGAGAAUUAGAAGGCUUAGCGUUGAAUGAGGGACAAGCUAAAUUUGAGCAAUUGGGAGAAUGGUUAUUAAACUCCUCGGCCGAGUCAAAGGAGGAUUUACCGAGUGAUAUCGAGAUAUACAAAAAGAUUGCAGAGUUAGAAAUUAUAGAAUAUCCUGAAACUGUGCAGGUUUUAUCACAAACACUCUUUGAUGAUGACAUAGUUACUCAACUCGACGAACAUUUAGGAUUGUUAGCCAAGUUGAUUGUUGAUUCGAGUUUCGAGAAAGCAUUUCUAGGUGGUUUGGAAAGAUUUUUUGGUUUGGAAAAACCUGAUUUACUUCCUUUACUCCCUAAAGUUCUUAUGAAAGUUUAUGACAAAGAACUUAUAAAUGAAGAGAUCAUAAUAGACUGGGGCUCAAAGGUUUCUAAAAAAUAUGUUCCGAAGGAAAUCUCCAAAAAAGUUCGUAAAGUGGCUAAACCUUUCAUCAAGUGGUUGAAAGAAGCUGAAGAAGAAAGUGACGACGAAUAG